CCAGGAGGCCUGCCCGGAGCCCGGGAUCUCCUCCAGGCCCAGGCUAGGCAGCUCCUCUUGGCUCCUAUCUUGCUGUCCCCUUCGUCCUCCACACAUACAGGACACCAUGCAUGAAGGAGGCUCACCAGCCUCAGGGCAGAGGCCAACCCAGUUUAUGGUAGAGGCUUUUCAGUUCUGCUUAAUAGAGGAACCAAGAAAUGUUCCUGUGAAAGGAGAAGUAUGUCACUGUCGUGGCCCCCGGACACACAUACCCCACCUCUGUCCCCAACGGAGUGUCCAUUCUCUGGAAAGCCACAAACAUUCCCAGAUUGGACUUGUGCUGAAUCAUCUCAAAAUCUUCAGAUUCCACUGGUGUAGGGAAGAAUGUAUGGGGGAGGUGACAGGAGGUGGGGCAAGAUCCCCAAAGAGGUUAAAUAGGUCACCUCCAUACUUGGCUGCCAUCCUCACCUCCCCCCGAGCAGAAGGACCUACACUCACAGGUCCUCUCCUGGGCUCCUGUCACUAUGACCCCCCUGAAGAUGCUGCUCCUCGUCGCACUCCUCCUGGGGGCUUCUCUGCAGGUCACGCAUGCAGCACGAGGGACCAAUGUGGGCCGCGAGUGCUGCCUAGAGUACUUCAAAGGAGCCAUUCCUCUCAAAAGGCUGAAAAUGUGGUACAAGACCUCAAGGGAGUGUCCCAAGAAAGCCAUCGUGCUUGUAACUGUCCACGACAAGUCCAUCUGUUCGGAUCCCAAGAACAGGAGGGUGAAGAAGGCAGUCAGAUAUUUAAAAAGCAUGCGGAACCCUGGGCUCCAGGAAUCCUGAUUUCUGCCUGGACCAUUUGGAGACCUCCAGCCUCAGUGUUCACUACCCCAACCCCGAGCUGCCUGAGUCCAGGGGAGGCCCUACAAGGACAAAGGGGACCCCUGCCCCCUUUUCUGGACUGGAACCAUAGCAGAAAGAGCCCAGAUUAAAGUCUCUCCUUCAUGGACACCUGGGUGGCUCAGUCGGUUAGGCGUCUGCCUUUGGUUCAGGUCAUGGUCCUGGGGUCCUGGGAUGGAGCCCCACAUCGGGCUCCCUGCUCAGUGGGGAGCCUGCUUCUCCCUCUCACUCUGCCUCUGCCUCUUCCCUCUGCUCGUGCUCGCUCAAAUAAAUAAAUAAAUAAAUAAAAUCUUAAAAAAAAAAAAAAGUCUCUCUCUUCCUACCUUAGUCUGGGUCAGUGUGUUCUGGCCACCCAGCCUGUCACACUGGAAGAACAUCU